AUGCUGACAGAAGAGGGUUUGGUCUGGUCAUUUGAAGCCGAAGGUUGCGCUCCACAUUUUGAAGACCGUGAUGAUGUUAUAUGGGAUACCAAGAAACUGACGAUGAGGCAGAUGAGAUCUAAGAAUGACACAUCAGAAAUGGCCGUGUGGCACGAUAAUAAUCUGGUUCGCAUGAAGCUCAAUGGCAGGAGUCAAGGUGUCCGUGCUCCCAGGACUGGAGAAAACAUGAAUUUAAUACUGUGCACAUCACCAGCAAAUCAAACGCGUGGUAAUCACCUUGGGUGCCAGUCGGAAUAUACUGCGGCUGAUUCCCAAUUCACCAGAACGGUGAGCAUGGCCGGAGAUAGGCCCAGUCUCUGUACGAAAAAGAAUACAAAACCCCUGCUUCUAAGCCUGAGAAGUAUCCUCGGGUUGAUUAUGAAGCCCAAAGCAUCUGUGAGGCGACGCUUAGAGGGCAGGUACCCUCCGCUGGAGCCGCAUUACCAAUGCUCAAAAAAUCGGUCUGAUCCAAACCUGCAUGGCGAUCAGUAUGAAUACUCUACAAUGGUCAAACGAAUUCAAAUGGGUACAUACCUUUGGAAGUUUUCCAGAAUGGAGGAGGGUAACGUGGUUGCACUGAAAAGUCCAGAAAUCGUUGGCAAGAUCUAUAGCACGUCUUGCGCUCAGACCUGGUUUAACGAAUAG